CAAUCUGUGUUAACGAUUUUGACCGUUUUUGCAGGACUGGUUCCGAUCUUCGUGCAGAGUAAAUGUGGAACGGUCCAGCUGCGGCACCAGGGACACCUUUUCAAUCGGCAUGUCAAGCGUCAGAGUAUCAUAUACUGGCGUUGUUCCCAGUUUACCGUCUACAAGUGCAGGGCCCGCAUCAAGACAGUCAACGAUGACUUUGUGAUGAUCAACGUGGACCAUAACCACGAGGUGAUCUCAACGCCCCGAACUUACGGUUCCCUCAAACGACUGAAGCAGCAGCUGGCCCAUCAUGAAUGCCACUGAUGAGAUUUUCGUUAAGAUAGAAAAACGUAAACUUUCGAAUAAAAUAAGCACAAUGAGAAAAAUGCUGAAGUUCUUCAAUGUAGCUUUACUUGUUAAACUAGAGCUUUUUGAAAUUGGAAAAUUAUAUUAACUCCCUUAUUUCCCUUCUGUUUCCACGGAUUGCACCAUUGCAGAUUACGUGCGGUACGUGUCGGGCUUUCGAGGCUGCCGUAAGCUGAAGGUGGGCGAAU